ACACGUGCGCACGUGUAAUUUCGACGUUCGGUUCAGUUUCACUCGCCAUGCGUUUCGUUUCAAAGCAUCGAGCAAACUGCUGCGUGUCGCUUUAGUAGGCAAGAAGCCUUGCAUCGAACUUGCGUUUAAUGCGAUCUAAUCGACGACACAAACGCCGGCUGCAAUGCAACGCAGGCGACAGCGUGACAGGAUGGGCCUUGUGCUGCUCCUAAACCAUGUAUUGUUUGAAGUGGGGGUAGAAACCAUUCCACCGGCCACGCUUUUGACUGUCCUCGCUCAAGCGUGCGUUUUCCUCCAACUUUUCGAACUGCCCUGGCACGACCUCUACGGCGCUUGCAUUAGUGUAGACACCGUUCUUUUCAAGAAACAGUGGAUGCGCAUCUUCUACGGGGCGGUCGAACACGGCGACAGUCUGCACCUGUAUUACAACAUGGUUUCCUUCAUUUGGAAGGGAAAGCUUCUCGAACCUGCCUUCGGGAGCGCGCAAUUCGCUUACAUCAUCAUCCUCUUUACUGCACUCUGUAGCGUUGUGUUCGUAGGUUUAAACUAUCUGUUGGCCACGUUCAUCGACGUUUCGUUCGACUACCACUGUGGUGUCGGCUUCUCCUGCGUUAUCUUCGCCCUCAAGGUACUUAGCAAUUACUACUUCCCCGAACAACGUCGGCGCGUUCUGGGCAUCAUCGUUGACUUGCCCUCCGGACAAAUCGUCUGGGUAGAGCUGGUGCUCCUUCAGCUUGUCACGCCGAAUGCCUCUUUCGUCGGUCAUCUCGCCGGUAUCCUAGUCGGCGUCGCCUACGUCUACGGAGUCAUCACGCCCAUCUCCGACCUCGUCUGGAACCUCCUCGGGCAACAACCCGUGCGCCUCACGCGACCGCACCAUGACCGUCGGCGUGAACCUGGCCGGCUGGCUUCGUUGCCCUACGGGGCUAUCCUUGUGUCGGCGGUGCUCGUCAUGUUGCAAUUGGACCUUGUGCCGCACCACUGGAAGAAGCUGGUGAACGGUCCGUGCGUCACUUCUUCACUCGUGAUAGAUCAUCGCCAGUGGAAGCUGUUGUUCCUCCCGGCAUUGCACUCCACGGAAUAUCUGCACAUGGUCUACACGGUGCUAUCGUUGAUCGGCCUCGGCUUCUAUCUUGAACGCAGGAUGGGUGUCAACCGCUUCCUAGGCGCACUCUUGGGCCUCACGGCCACCACCAACUUCGCUUUCUGUCUGAUGACAUACUACAUCCUGCCGAACUACAAGGAGAUUGCCGGACGCACCUGGCACGUGUGCAGACAGGGUUGUCGCAAAAAUCCGGUAACAUCAGAUACAAGUCGGCUCUCAUGGAGACCCACGCCUUUCCUGCAGCUGUUACUGCAGAACAGUCUGGCACGCAAAGAGAGGAGCAAUCACAGCCGCGAACUUCAGCCAUCCUUGCUGCAAAAAGGGUCAACUUCUGCUGUCACUGUCUGCUACUGCUCCUGAGCAGUGACAAUACUCACAGAGUCUGCAAAAUGUCACAGAGCCCGAGCAGCCAUUAAAUACCCCAUAUUGAUGAUGAUGUUAUCAGGUGCUGCCAACUUGGACAAGCCUCACCAUUAAUACUCCUUAAGAUGUACCUAUGUAUGCAGGUGCACACUGGGGCACCCUGAUGUGCUGCUUCAUCCAAUUACAGUCACCCCGGGGCUGCUCGGUGUGAUUUGCCAGAUUUGCCAUAACUGAAAGCAGCGUCUCCAGCAGUCCGGACAAUCUGGAAUGACAAAUAGAAGUGGUCUACUUUUUGCACGUGCAGUCAGCAAAAGCAUACCUUUCGAUAUUGUUUCCAUCGUGGGGGCAUAGAUUUGGACACUCUUUGGUCAAGUAGGAAGGUGAAGAGAAGCAAAGCAUGAACAAAACGAGAUAUGUAGUCCAACUGAAAUUCGCGAGAUCAGUGACAAAAGAUCAGAUUUUGACAUUUUCAUCUUUUGUGCCAGAUAUGAUUCCCGAGUGGUUGGUGGAUGGCUGUAUUGUACUUCUAACAUUUCGUGUGCGAUUCGGCUUAAAUGACCUACAUAAGGCAGGCUUGUUGCGGAAAUAAACUUAGUUGUGAGUGGCGCCCGUCCUGUCGUUUGUGUCCUUCAGUCCUGGUCUUUUACGCCUUGCCUUUACUCAUUCAAGCAUGAAGCAACUAGCCCAAGCAAGAGAUUUACUAUCCUGUCAUACACUGCACCAAUGUAACAUAUCAAGAUUGACAUCAAGAACCUUAUUUUAUUCUUCUCCUUUUUCUCUUGUCUACAGGAAAAGCAGCUUUGUCUUUUUUGGGUCACUACACAUCACACAGUUGACAUCAUCAUUAGGAAUAAAAUUUUUCAAUUGCCUGAUAAUUCCAGAAAUACUGCACCCCUUAGUGUAAAAAAAUCUAUUGGCAACUGUACUUAUUUGGAUAAAGGAUUGAAUUUCCAUACAAUGAAGCAAAU